CGGAAGUGGGGGCCGUGUUAGCGGAAAACGAUGGCCGGGCGGUGUAUAGGGGUGCUGUACCGGAGGUCGUGCUCCAGCAGCGCGGCCCCGGUGACGGGAGAACCAGUGAAGCAGGGCUUCUGGGAGCGAAUGAAGAAUAGGAAGUUCGUUGCCUGGACCAAAAGCCUCCUGCGUGACUACGGCGAAGCCUGCAAGGACAUCGUGGUUGGCGCCAAGGAGCGCCCGGGCAAAGCCGCUCUGUACAUUUCCCUUCUCGCCGGCAUAGGCGUAUGCUCCUCCAAAGCACCCUCUGAGGACUUCUUCCAUUCCUCCAUGCUGGAGGCUUCCUCCUGCCUUCUCCUUCUCUCCCCCUGGACAAGAAACGGGAGGUCCGACCAGCACGUACAGAGACUGAUAGAGCUGAGGAACGAGGGACGCCUGCGCCACAUCAACCUCACCGUCUUCUCGCUGAUGUAUGAAGGUACUUCUGAUCCCGAUUGUGACCUGUACACCACCCAGUGCCCCCAUCUGCAGCCUCGCUGGUCGGAGUUCCCCAGCAGGGUGCUGGACGUCGGCUUCUUUGGACGCUGGUGGCUUCUCCAGGAGAAGAUGAAGGACUUCGAUAUAAACGAGGAGGAGUUCGCCCACCUCCCCGCACACAUGAGGGCCAUUUCCUAUGAUGAUCUUCACUCUGAGAAGAAUGAGGGGUUCUACCUGGAAAAAUUCAAACACGUUGUCAUGUUGGAGGACACCUCAGAAGAAGAUGUCAUGCCGGAGGACUCCUUAAAAGAAGAUGUCAUGCCGGAGGAGGCCUUAAAAGGAGAUGUCAUGCCGGAGGAGGCCUUAAAAGGAGAUGUCAUGACGCAGGAGGCCAUAAAAGAUGUCAUGCCGGAGGACUCCUUAAAAGAAAAUGUCAUGACGGAGGAGGCCUUAGAAGAUGACCUGUUUGAGGAGGACUUGGAAGAAGAUGACCUGUUUGAGGAGGACUUGGAAGAAGAUGACCUGUUUGAGGAGGACUUAGAAAAAGAUGUCGUGUGGGUGGAGGUCUUAGAAGAAGACGUUGUGUCGGAGGAGGCCUUAAAAAAGAAAAUGUCCUUUUGA